AUGAAGAGUCUCCAAGUGGGUGACGUGUGAACUGAUUUCCCACCCAUUACAUUGCUUUUCUUCACCCACCACUCUCCAAAAUCUUCUUUCCACAACACAACAUUGCAGUACACAAACUUAGAUCACCACCAUUACCACACCCACAGCACACAGAAUCACCAAAACCCUUCUCUGCAUGAAAGAGAAAACCCUUCUAAUGUCUCACCAACCCUCUUCCUCAACUGAAUCUGAUCACAACCAAGAACUGAAGAAACCCGACAGAAAGAUGGGCCAAGAACACCAAGAGAAGAGUGAGAAAUCUUGUAAACCCCAGAAGAACAAGGUGGAAACUGCAUUGGACAGUGUUUCUGAAGGAAAAAGCGUUGAAGGUGAAGCUAGUGGUCGUGAGAGGUUGAAGAGGCAUAGAGUUGAAGUUUCUGGGAGGGUUUGGAUUCCUGAGAUAUGGGGUCAAGAGGAUCUCUUGAAGGAUUGGAUUGACUGCACAGCAUUCGAUGCUCCUUUGGUUCCCAGCAGAAUAGUGAUGGCACGAACCGCUUUGGUGGAAGAAGGUCGAAGGGCCACAUCGGGUGGGAUAAGAAUCGAGAACAGGUGUUGAACUCUUGUGGUUUAUAUAAAUUGGAUUAUUCAGUUCAUUCACUCAGAACAAACCAUCUAUUGCUAUUGGUUAUGCCAUGAAUGUUUUGUUAAUCCUUCAUCCCUCAUGAUGUUUGUAUUAUCCGUUGGAUACGUAAACAUUAUAAAAGUUGAUUUUUUCUCUUUAUUCA